AGAAAGAAUAUCUUACUUGGCGUACAGCACUAAAAGAGGUUGAAGGGGAUAAAUAGAGCGCUCACGGUCAUCCGACAACAUCAACGUAUACACAACCUGAAAGAAAAAGACAAGAUGGCUGCACCGAAGAAUUUCUACACUCCACCUACCUCAUCAUCAUCUUCGUCGUUACAGUACGACGCUGCUGGUAGCCGAAACGAAGUACGCGAGUAUUACCCUUCCCACGCACAAGCACAGCCCAAGGGGUUAGCCGGUACCGACCCCAAACGACUUGAGCGACUAGAGCAGCGUAUGAUGACCCGUGCUGAAGAUGGAAGUGCACCGUACCCGAAUGCCGCCCCAAACAAGAGCCGUCGCGCAGAGAUGAACCCAUCCGCCAGGUUCGAGCUUACGGGAGUCCGCCACGCCGUGGUAGAACCUUUCCAGGGACAAAUUUACAUUAAGAUUCGGGAGUUCGUUCAAAAGAAAGAUAGAGACUUCUGGAGCAGUCCACGAGGCAUCAACCUGAGGGUGAACGAAUGGAAGAAACUCGUGGAAUUGAUGCCCGCCAUCACCGAAGCUGUUGAAGAACUGGAGAAUCAAGGAAGCAAGAAGAUGAAACGUGACGGCGAUGCUCAGAGUGAUGAGGCUACGCCGGAUCCGGAAGAUGGCUUUCCAUGGGGGUAUACGGGUGACGCUGUACCAUACACCAAGCCCAGCGGGACACCGGAGGAGCAGAAGGAACGCGAGGCCUGUAAAGACCUUGCAUUUAACAUAAUUCAGUCGAUAUUCGUUCCUUGCAUUCUCAAGAAAGUAGAUGAAAUGUGUAGCGAGCAAUGUUAUGGAUGUAAUCUACCAAUAGCCGAAGACUUCACCCAGAAAAAUCACGAAUGUUUGAUGUUGGACGUGUCUGAUAAGGUAGAGAGGUACUUUGAUAAAGCGGUAGAUGACAUUUUGGAAACAGGUUUAGGAAAGUGCAGAUUGGAGUGGAAUACAACCGCUAAAGAGAACAAACGCAUUGUCUCACAGUAUUCGACUAUUCACGCCAGAAAUCGUCUUUUUACCAAGUAUGUCGAUAUGCAUGUCAAAAAGAGGGUCGAAGAACCUGAAAACGGAAGGGCAGUGUUGUAUAAUAUUUGUCACAUCGAUGGAUAGUCCCAACAACAUGUUGGAUUCAACCGAAUUAUUAAUGUAUAUUUACCUGAUGUCUCUUUGCUGACUCGAUUUUUUAUUUUUUGCUUCGUUUGUUUGUUUGUUUGUUUGUUUG